CUACACUAUGCCAAGGUUCCCGAAGACCCUACAAGCAACAACGUGGAUUUAUAUGGGCGAACCGAAAGAGGCUCCAAGUUAAACCCGCAAGUCAGGUCGGGAACCAACGCUGGCCAUGGAGGAUCCAAUCCGCCCAAGUAAGCAAGCAUUCAAGGCAAUGUACGAGAGGGGAUAUCGAACAUGGGCGACGCUCUCGGAGAUGGCUGCUGGAGAGAUUCACCUAGUCAGAGACUGUCUGUCCCACCUUCAGUCGGCGUUUCCCAACCAUCCCUACUUCCCAAGAAAUCUCAUUGUCGACAAAUCCUUCUCGAAUACGGUUACCGUAAGAGGCAGAACCACUUGGAUCACCACCCAAGGGUCCUGUGACCUCCCGCCCUUUCGGGACGAAGUUAUCAUUCCGGUGGCUUCGAGCCACCCAAUGACUGUUGUCCUUACAUCCAAUCCACGCCAUCCAGCAAAGAUACUUCCGGACUACUUUGGAAGAGAAGAGAGCAACCAUAUUCCCGUGCUUAUCCUCGCCUGGGCCUAUAUACUCUCUGCGCGGUGGGCUGAGCUUAUUCCUGGGGCAUCUUCACCCGAGUACAACAGCAACCAAGCACCGUUGGGCGACAGCACCGAGUUAGAAGGGCCGGGCGAUGACCCAACGUCUAUGGUAGUAGAUGUAGGUGACGUGGAUGAUGACGCUGCUCGAUGGUGGACUGCGAUCCUUGAUGCCGAAGGCGGCUGGAAUGCAUUGAUCAGCAGCGACAAAGGCGACCUCCUUUGUUCCCCAUGGUCCACAAGGAUCAAGUCAGAACAGUCUUUUGUCGUUUCGGCGAAUGUGAAGCUUACUCAUCCCCGCGCGGCAAAGGAUCUGCCUGCAUCUUUCACAACCGCCUGCCGCUAUCUGUCUGAGUAUUGCCAUUACCACAGCAUUGCAGAGCAAAGCCAAGCAGCCCUCGCAGCAACUCUUCUCAUCCCAGUGGCAAAGUUUGACAACCGACAAAUCGAGCUACCAAUCCCCCAACUAUUCCCGCGCAAACCCCCGCGGAUGCAGGAGCCGACCCAAACUCCCCCAGCCUGGGACGGGGGACUCCAUCAGCUGGACCGACUCCUCACCCUGAGCUGCAACGCGAGGGCAACCAAGGCCCUCCUAAACAGCGUCUUCUUCGAGCCCGACGUAGCCUGCAACAUCUGCGGUGCCUGGCUCCAAGGCACAUUCGCCUUCCUCGACUCCGCCAGGGCAGCGAACCCUCCAUCAGCCCCACUACACACGCUCAUAAAACGCAAUCCCAACCUCGGCUUCCUCUGGCUCGGUGCAUUCAUAACCGGUGCACAAGCAUGCUGCUUCCGGGAAGUUCGACAGGCCUGGUGGAAAGUCGACCUCAGCGCUGCAGCCUGGACGGGGACACACGCGUCGUUCAUCCAAGAGCUGGUGCCGAAUGUCCUACCCGACGCAUGCGAGAUCUCGCGUGCCGAUGAGUGCCGGCUGAUGUACCUCUCCCACGACGUGAACAAUACCAACACGCCCCUCUUCCCGUUUGCCCCAUUCGGCUCCACCGCCAUGGAAGACACGACCCUCGACGUCCGGCGACAUGCUCGAUGCGGGGCGACGACUCACGGCCUCGAAUACGCCGGGUUUACGUGGGACUGCCUGGACGGCGAGCAGGGACGAAGGAGCGCGCCGGACGGGAUGGUCAUCCUUGGCAGGUCCGGGGAUACGGGCCCCAGCUGGGAAAGCGCCAUUGACGUCGAUUAUGCCGGCCUGGAGGUGGAGGAGGAUGACGAGGCGUCGGAGAUGGUGACUAGGAAUAUAUUCACCUGGCUGCGAGGUGAGGAGGGGUUUCCCGUCGCGGAGAGGGCGAUACGCGAGCAUGAGUGGAUUGAUAAUUUGGAUUCGGAUGAUGAUGGCCCGAUCGAGGGGGAGGUGAGGUCGUCGGUCGGAGGCGAUCUGCAUGGAUAGGUGCUGAAGACAGUGACCAAGAGGUCAAACUCACUCUGAUGGUGGUAAUUGCAGUUGUGGAU